AUGAUUUGUGGAGCUGCUACUUUGAUUACAAUAAUGGGAUUAUCAAUAACUAGUAUGAAUUUAACAUAUCACCCAUUUACUGAAUUAUUAGUGACCUUUUAAUUAUCAAGCAAAUUACAUCCUAUUUAUGAUAAUAGAUUAUAUUUAAUUCCUACAGUUUUUGUAUUGAUUGCAUAUUUUAUAAUGUAAAUAAUAUAUAUUUUUAUAUAGAUUUAUUAUUUAAAUUGAGAUAGCUCCAUAUUUUAUAAUCAUAAAAAUUGUAUUGAUUUUAUUAUUCUCUGUUUAAUAAUAUAUAAUUAAGAGUUAUGUAAAGAAUUAAUAAUUAUUUUAGUUCAUUUUAUUAGAAGAAGAUCAAGCAACUAAUUAGAUUAAUUUUAUUGAAGAAAAUAAUAAAAUACAUGAUAUUUUGGGUAUACUCUUGCCUAAAUUUAUUAGACAUCGUUUAAAUGAGAGUAAUAUUACUUAUUAUUAUAAUCAUAGCUGAUGAAUAUAAUAUCCAUUAGAAUUAAGGAGAUGUUGCUAUUGUUUUUUGUGACUUAUGCAAUUUUGAUUAAGUUAUUAUGGAAGAAUAGGAAAACAUAGUACAAUUCUUAGAUGAUUUAUUCAGAACAUUUGAUAAAUAUUGUGAAAUUUGUGGAGUUUAGAAAAUUGAAACUGUAGGUAAAACUUAUAUGGCAUCUGCUGGUCUUAAAGCAUGUGAAUAAGAAUUAGUAUAUUUAUCUGAAAUUUAACCUGUUUAAAGAGCAUUAAAUUUGGCUGAAAUGAUGAUGAUGUAUAUUAGAUCAAAACUGUAAUUUUAUUAUUUUAAGAAUUAGAUGGGGUAUUCAUUGUCAACCAUUAGUGGGUAAAAUUGGAAUACAUUAUGGUAGAGCAAUAUCAGGAGUUAUUGGAUUUCAUAAACCUUAAUUUUCAUUGAUUGGAGAUACUAUCAAUACAACAAGUAGAGUUUGUUCUACUGGAUAAGAGGAUAAAAUUACUUUAUCAGAAAAGGCUUUUGAAUAAUUGAAUAAUGAUAAAAUAGAAUUUGAAGUGAGAUAUGUAGAAAUGAAAGGUUUAGGUUUAAGACCUACAUAUGUAUUUAUCUAAAGACUAAAUAUAAAGAAUGGUAUUUCAAAAAGUGAUGUUAGUAAUGGUUCUAGUAAAUAAAAUACAGUUAAUAUUACUAAUAGAGUGAAUAGUUAAUCUUUAUAAAGAAAUGGAUUAAAAAAAAGAACAGUAGCAUAAUAAGAUCCUCUAACUUAACGUUCAAGACCUAUUUUAUAAUUCUAAUUAUCUUGGAAUUUUUAAUAAUAAUAAUAAUAAUAAUAAUAAUAAUAAUAAUAUUAAUAAUAAUAAUCAUAAUUAUGGUAAAAUUCAUAAUCAUUAACAGAUGAAUAAAUUAAUAUUAAAGGAUUUUAAAAAUAAGUUUCAAAUUGUAAUUUAAAUUAAAUUAAUAAUUUGAAUAUUGGUGAUAAUGAUAAUGAUGAUAAAGUUAGUUUGAUUUAAUGUGUUUCUAAAACAGGUUUAUUGUAAAAUUUAGAAAAUAUGUUAUAACGUAAACUUCAUUUUGAAAAAUAUUAACCAGAAGUAGAUCAUUAUAUAGAUUAUGAUUAAUUACUUGUAAUUAUUAUUAUUAUUUAGAAUGUAAUUUUAUUAAAAAAUGAAACUGGAGUUGAAGAGACUACUAUUUUAGAGAGUUCUUUUAUGGAAUUACUUUAAAAAUCUUAUUAUUAAAAUUAGAAUAAUUAUUUAGAGUAUCAUGAUUAUAUAUAUCAAUAAUCAUAGACUCUUACUAAUAAAAUAAUUCAAAUAUAUACCUUAUAUUAUUUGAUUAAAUAAUUUUGUUUGAUUGGUGAUUAUCAUGUUAUUUCAGUACCAUUAAUUAUAUUAUAAUGGAUAGGAUGUGCAUUAAAUUUAAUAUCUUUAAUGAUUUAUAAAAAGAAAAUAAUAUCUUAUUGGAUAAUGUUGAUAUAUAUUCAAUUAAGUUUUUAAUUAAUUAUUGGAGGACUCUUUAUUAUUUUUGAUGUAAAUGAUUUUUUAAGUUACUUACAUAUAAUUGAGAUGAUAUUUAUACAAUCUUUCUUUAGUAAUAUUUAAUUACUUCAUUUUUGGAUAAAAAUAUUAUUUUGCAUAUGUAGUUUUUUAUUUGAAGCACUAAUAUUAAUAUUUAUUUAUGAAUACAGAAUAUCUCUAUUUUUUGUAUUUGUUGCAGUAAUAUACAAUAUUAAUUAUUCAUAUUUUUUAGAAGAACAAUAAGUAGCUUGUUUUAAUUAAAAAAAUAUUUUUUAGAGUCAAUAAAAUAAAGAAUCACAAUUAUUAUAAUAUUUACUUCCAAAACAUGUAUAAAUUUGAUAAAUUUAGAUUUUAUAAACAUUUUUUGAUGAUAAUACUAGAGCUAGAUGUUUAAGUGAUAAAAUUGAAGAUGUAACUAUUUUAUUUGCUGAUAUUGCUGGAUUUACUGAAUAUUCAAGUAAAGUAACUGCUGAAUAAGUCUUAUUAAUGUUAAAAAAUCUAUUUGUAGAAUUUGAUAGAAAAUGUUAUGAAUUAAAUGUUUAUAAACUGUAUACUAUAGGAGAUUGUUAUGUUGCUAUAGGAAUGAUAGAUUUUAAUGAUAGAAAUCCAAGUGAAGAAGCAAAGAAUAUUGUAGAUUUAGCAUUUGAAAUGAUUAGAAUAAUUGAAAUUGUUAGGAAAUAAAUAGAUUUUGAUGGAUUAGAUAUGAGAAUAGGCAUACAUACAGGUUGUGUUUUUGGAGGAGUAAUGGGAACUGACAUUGUUAGAUAUGAUAUAUAUGGUCCAGAUGUUCUUAUAGCUAAUAAAAUGGAAUCAAAUGGAAAAAAAGGAUAAGUACAUGUAAGUGCUGCAACAAAAUAAUUGUUAUAAUAGGAUUAUGAAGACAAAUAUUCUUUUACUUUCAAUACAAAAGUCACUUUGUCUUCAAUUAAUAGAAGUAUUGAAGGCUUUAUUAUAGAAAGUUUGAUUGAAGAUUAAUAUCCUUCUGAUUAGAUUAUUGAUCAAUAGAUUGAACCAUUACAAUCAGAACAUUGA